UCAGUCGCUACCCGCAAACGAGAAAACGUGAAAGAAAGCAAACGACAGAAAUGGAGAAUUCCUCCCUAUAAAUAAGCUUUUAGGGCACGUCCAAGCUUCCUACCCCUAGCCCUAUAGUCCAGCUUUGUACCUAUGGAGGAGUCUGUAUUUUCCCCUUAGGUUUUUCAGCAUUUUCUUCAAUUUUUUUCAAGAAAAUUAAUGAAUACAGUUGAUCUAUCUAGGGUUAGGAGGUGGAUCGUUGCAGAGUGGUAAAUUGAUUGAUCGUAACAAUCUAAAGAUUAGGGUUCCUCAUUUUGCCGCCACUGCCUCUACAUAUACCGUUAUACGUUACAUACAAAUGUUUAUUUUCUGAUCUGUAGAAAUUUUAUUGUUUUCUUGAACUCAUUCUCAACCGGUAUACGCAAACAAAAACAUAUUCAGUUUUGAUUCAAGAUUCACCUUUAAAAGGCGAUUAGGCGUGUCGAAUUUGGAUAUUGAAUUUUGGUCCUUGAAUUCUGGAAUUUGGAUCGGGGACUAGGAUCCGUUUGCUGGUUAUUUGGAUAGAAAUUUUGUAAAUUCGAAAAAGAAGCAUUUUUAUUGGGAUAAUAUAAUAUUGGGUCUGUUGAAGAAUGGAUAAGAAGAAGGUUGUAGCUCCAUUAGUUUGCCAUGGUCAUUCUCGGCCGGUUGUUGAUGUGUUCUACAGCCCUGUAACGCCUGAUGGGUUCUUCCUUGUCAGUGCAAGCAAGGAUUCAACACCAAUGUUGAGGAAUGGAGAAACUGGCGAUUGGAUUGGAUCUUUUCAAGGACAUAAAGGUGCUGUGUGGUGUUGCUGCCUGGAUAAACAUGCAAUGUUUGCUGCCUCUGCAUCUGCUGAUUUCUCUGCGAAAAUAUGGGAUGCAUUGACCGGUGACGAGUUGCAUUCAUUUGAGCACAAGCACAUAGUCCGUGCUUGUGCCUUUUCAGAGGAUACCCACCUUCUGCUAACUGGAGGAAUGGAAAAAGUUCUUCGCAUAUAUGAUCUAAAUAGGCCAGAUGCACCUCCCAGGGAAAUCGAAAAGUCUCCUGGUUCUGUGAGAACUCUUGCUUGGCUGCACAGUGAUCAAACAAUCUUAGGUUCCUGUACUGAUAUGGGUGGGGUGAGGUUGUGGGAUGUUCGAACUGGCACUAUUGUUCGAACACUCGAGACCAAAUCCUCUGUAACGAGUGCUGAAGUAAGUCAAGAUGGCCGCUAUAUAACAACUGCAGAUGGGUCGAGUGUUAAGUUUUGGGACGCAAAUCACUUCGGAUUGGUAAAGGGUUACGACAUGCCUUGUGUUGUUGAGUCAGCUUCUUUGGAGCCAAAGUAUGGUAACAAGUUUAUCGCUGGUGGAGAGGACAUGUGGAUUCGUGUUUUUGAUUUUCACACAGGAGCUGAAGUUGGCUGCAACAAGGGACAUCACGGUCCAGUCCAUUGUGUACGUUUUUCGCCAGGUGGCGAAUCAUAUGCUUCGGGAUCUGAAGAUGGAACCAUUAGAAUAUGGCAGACUGGGCCAACAAUUAAUGCCGAGCAAGAAUCUUCGGGUGCUAAUUUAUCUGAAGUUAUUACAAAACAGGUUGAGAAUGUGCACAUCACAAAUGAAGAUAAGUUGGAGGCUUGCUGAAGCUGUAUUUUUUGUGAUCUUCGUUUUUGUGUGUUGUAGCUUUGUUUUUCUUGUUGCCCUGACUCAGCUGCAGAGGGUUGUAAGGGUGGUGGGGUAAAUGUUACUGUGAUAUUUUUAUCUUUUGGAAUAAAGAUAAAAAGCUUAUUUCUUUUUUUUAUAUGGUUUAUUCUUUUUAUUGAUUGAAUGUGCCUUAUUUAAUUUUUUCAUGUGCACUUUCACAAUUUGCUCCCUACUUACUAGACAAG